CGCAAUCGAUUUUUCAAUCACGAAUGAAAUGUCAAAUUGUUUAGUGGUAUACGCUAGCAUCGGUCCGCGAGUGAAAAUAUUUACAAGAAUUUCUUUAAAGAUGCGGCUAUUUUCACAAAUUCAAUCGCAAUGAACUCUAGACUUUUUGUGUAUCUUUCAAUUUUGGGUAUAUCGUAGAAAAUUCAGUGCUCUCGAAGCAUGAAAUGUAACUAAAUCGGAUUAACGAAAAGAGUUAUGCCUGUUCGGAAACAGAAGAAGUACCGUGACAAAUAGCUGAAACAUACGAAACAGAUUUCUCUUACGUCAUUGAUGCAUUCAUUUCCUGAAUUGCAAUUUACCACGAGUGCAAAAUAGUGUCAGUAAAAACAAGAAUUAAGUGGAUACAGAACGUUGCAGAACUUUUUCUUCUUCCAUGUACUGAAGAAAUACAUUCGUGGGGGCGUAUUAAUAUUUUCGGAAACAAGAGGAAAGACGAAAGCGAAAGGUCCAAGAAGUGAAUACGGUUACUCCUCGAACACCAAGCACAAGAUGGCCCUGUCUAAGGGAUUCCGAGUGCUCGAGAAAUCGAAACCACCUUCACCGCAUAGCGUACUGUUGGAACAUCGGAACAAGUCGGAAACGCUUCUGUUUGAAUCGCAAGCCGUCGCGGUGUUAUCUGCCCAGGAGACGGAAAUUGUGCGCAAACAAUACACCAAAGUACUGGACGCCUACGGCUGUCUAGGCGUGCUCCAGUUGAAUGCCGGGGACAGUUCGCUGCUGUAUCUGGUGAUGGUCACCGGUUGUUUUUCGGUCGGCAAAAUAAUGGACAGUGAAGUCUUCCGUAUUACCCAGACGCAGUUUGUUUCCCUACAGUAUCAACCAACGAACGAGGACCGUGUUUCGGAAAUAAGAAAAGUUCUCAAUUCAGGAACGUUUUAUUUCUCCUUCUUGAACCCCGCCGCCAGUAGUAACUUGCAACAAAAUAUAAGUAGUUACAAUUUCGAUAUAACACUAUCGGCUCAGCGUAGAAGAAGAACAGUCGACACGGAUAACCGAUUCUUCUGGAAUCGAAUGCUGUUUAUCCACAUGCUGCGAUUUGGAGUGGAAUGCAACUUCUGGCUGCUGAAGGCGAUGUGUGGAUCGGUGGAAAUUCGUACCGUGUAUGCAGGAAGCAAGCAAGCCAGGGCGGCUAUCAUCUCGAGACUUAGCUGUGAACGAGCGGGAACCCGGUUUAAUGUGAGAGGUACGAAUGAUGAAGGUUGCGUUGCAAAUUUCGUCGAAACAGAACAGUGUAUUUAUCUGGAGAGUGAGGUAUCUUCCUACAUACAAACACGUGGAAGUGUCCCACUGUUUUGGGAGCAACCGGGUGUACAGGUGGGAUCGCAUAAAGUUAAACUAUCACGGGGUUAUGAAUCAUCUAAAUCAGCGUUCGACCGACACAUGUUAUCUAUGAAGGCUCGCUAUGGCAAACAAGCAAUAAUCAAUCUGCUCGGAACGAGCUUGAUUGGAAGUAAGGAGGGUGAAGCGAUGUUGAGUAACGAAUUUCAGCGUCAUCACAAGGAAUCCAACCAUAUGGAUGUGCCACACAUCGUUUUCGAUUAUCACCAGGAAUGCAGAGGCGGCAACACGGGUGCCCUUACGAAGUUGAAGGCUAAAAUAGACUCCAUGUGUGCAGACUUUGGAUUUUUCUACGCAAUAGGGGACAGUGUUUUUCGUGAGCAGAAAGGCGCCAUCCGGACCAACUGUCUCGAUUGUUUGGACCGUACUAAUUGCGUUCAGACUUACUUAGGAUUGGAAGUUCUCAGUGAACAAAUUCUUCAAAUGACUGCGCUUCCUGAAAAGAAGCAACAGAUUAACUCUAGAUUUGAGGAAGUAUUCCGUCAGAUGUGGAUAAACAACGGUAACGAAGUUAGUAAAAUCUACGCUGGAACCGGUGCUAUACAAGGCGGUUCCAAGCUGAUGGAUGGAGCUCGGUCUGCUGCCCGAACCAUCCAAAACAACUUGCUUGACAGCUCCAAACAGGAAGCCAUCGAUGUUUUACUGGUCGGUUCGACGCUUAGCUCGGAGUUGGCGGAUCGUGCUAGAAUCCUGCUACCGUCGAAUAUGCUUCAUGCUCCCACGCCUGUUCUGCGGGAAAUGUGCCGGCGCUAUGAGGAAUUUGUUGAUCCACUGGACAUUCGAAUCGCCUGUGGAACAUACAACGUGAAUGGCGGUAAGCACUUUCGAAGUGUUGUCUACAAGGAUGUGUCAUUGGCCGAUUGGCUUCUGGAUUGCCACCGAUUGGCCAGAUCGAAAUCUCUUGUAGAUGUUAGUCAUCCAGAGGAUACAGACGAAACACCGAUAGAUAUCUUUGCAAUCGGAUUUCAAGAAAUAGUAGAUUUGAACGCCUCAAACAUUGUGGCCGCCAGUUCGGACAACGCCAAAGCCUGGGCUGAGGAGCUGCAGAAGGUGAUCAGUCGAGACGAGGAAUAUGUGCUCCUGACAUAUCAGCAGUUGGUUGGAGUUUGUCUGUAUAUCUACAUCCGACCAAAGCAUGCGCAAUUCAUCCGAGAUGUUGCCAUCGAUUGCGUUAAAACGGGACUGGGAGGUGCAACUGGAAAUAAAGGUGCUGCGGCAAUUCGUUUCGUCAUCCAUGGAACAUCGAUUUGCUUUGUUUGUGCUCAUUUUGCUGCCGGACAGUCGCAGGUUGCCGAGCGCAAUGCAGACUACGCGGAAAUCACACGGAAGAUUGCGUUCCCGAUGGGCCGUUCAUUGAAGUCCCACGACUACAUUUUUUGGUGUGGCGAUUUUAACUACCGAAUCGAUAUGGAUAAAGAUGAGUUGAAGGAGUUACUGAAACAGGGCGACAUCGGGUCCGUGCUGCAGUACGACCAGUUGAGAAUUCAACAGAACACCGGAAGUGUGUUCAAUGAGUUUCUGGAAGGGGAAAUAUCAUUUCCUCCGACGUACAAAUACGACUUAUUCAGUGAUGAUUACGAUACGAGUGAAAAAUGUCGGGCACCGGCUUGGACUGAUCGCGUUUUGUGGCGACGACGUAAGCAAAGUCCGGACGCUGAUAAACAUCCGGAUUGGAAUCCUGGCAACUUGGUACACUACGGACGCGCUGAAUUGAAACAAAGUGACCAUCGACCAGUGAUUGCGAUAAUCGAUAUAGGAAUUUGCAAAAUCGAUCAGCAACGAAGAUCGCAAGUGUUCAAUGAUGUGAUUAGAGACUUGGGACCCCCGGACGGGACCAUUCUCAUUCAAGCAACGAACCCCUCUAACAGCGGUGCUGAUUCCGGAGACGAAGACGAAGGUAGUAUCUACGAUGAGAAUUUGAUGAGUGCUCUGAUCCAAGAGCUCACACAAAUUGGAGAAGUGACCCUAGUAAGAUUCGUCGGUGACACGAUGUGGGUCACAUUCCGUGAUGGGCAGUCAGCGUUAACUGCUGCACUGAAGCAGUUUGUUCAAGUUUGCGGAGUGAGUCUUUCUAUCAAACUGAAAACCGAAAACUGGAUUCAACGAGUAGAGAAAGAAAUUCUUCUCUGUACACCAAAUACUGUGAGCUUUUGCAAUAACGAAAUGGGUGAUUAUAACAGUCUCGGCAUCCCGGAAGUUCCUUCACGUCCCAAGAGUCCACCCACUCAUCAGCAAGCGCCAUCGCGACCGGCUCCGCCGGGUCGGCCACCGAUGCCAAAAUCACCUCAAGCAUCACCAAAACAUCAGCCCACCCAUCAUCACCAUCCGAAGGCCGGUGUAAUUAGUUUAGGGGCAGAAGUAUUACUAGCUUCGAAGCUGCAACAAAAGCCAGUCAUGCCACCGGUACCGUUAGUGCCAUCGUCCACACCUUCCAAAACAACUCCUCCCAUCGAGGAAUACGCCAGCUCUAGUCCGAUCACAGGUUCGCCUGUCCAUGGUCCUACUUCCUCGACCGGCACGCCUACCCAAGAUACAGGAGCAAUCUAUGAGGAAAUCAGCGAUGAUAUUGCCAUACCUGAACCGAGAGGGCCUCCUCCGCCUCCACCACGCUGCGACGUGUACGAUUUGGAUGUAGUAAGCAACAGUAAACCAAACAAGUCAUCUCCUCCAGGAACAUCCGGCAGUUCCGGUGCAGGCUCACCACAAUCCUCGCUACCCCCGGGAACUCCUAAAACCAAUCCUCCUCCGUUACCCAUGCGACGAGGUAUGCCACCUCCAAUACCAAACCGAAGUGGGGGAGCACCGCCCCUACCGGCUCGGCCAAGCAACCCGUAAAAAUAGAUUCCAAAGUUUAUGUUUAAAUCAAGCUAUAGUCCACAUAAUGUUACUCACACUUUGCGCAGAACAGAGCAGAAUAUUUACUUACUGUAACUGUUUUCCAACACAAACAUUAGAAACUGUCUAAUCAGAAGCAGGAUAGUCACUGAAUGCAGAAAUCUCCUUAACGAUAAUCACAAACUGACUGUGUAUGUUGCAAACAUAAGUAUUUACUAGAAGCAUUCCAACGUUGAUUGGUUGAAUGGCAUUAUAAAAGAUUUUAUCUAUGUUGGAAUGAUAUUCACUGCUAUCAUCAUGCUGCUAUUGAUGUUGAAAGCAGCUUUAUGUGUAUGUGUGUAUAUUUUUUUCGUAUUUAUUGUUAAUUUAUUGGCUAAAACUAUUCAGUGUAAGUUCUAUUCAUAUUUGUUCCGACUGUAUAAAAUACUUGUAGGCAAAAUAGAUUCCUUAUUAUUUUUCGUUAUUGUGAGGUACUCAAAAGUUUACCGAUGUACUAAAUGAAGUAUUAUGUUGAAAUAUAGCUGACGCUUAAGCAUAUUAUGUCCGGAAUUAUUGCGUUUUGUAAGACGAAGCGGUUAAAAAUGGUGGUUACAAUUCAAAUCGAAGAAAUGACAUUAAACAAUAGCUAUUACCAUAUAAUUAGCAUCGUUUAAAGCAUACUUACCGCUAGUGUGUAAGUAAAAAUAGCGAAAUCUAGUGAAGGGUCUUGCAAUGAAAUCGUAUUUGUAGGAAAGACUAUAGCAAACAAUUUAACACAUCUGAUCAAUUAGUGUCCGUUAUAAAACAGAAAACAAUAAACUUGCAAUUAUAAACUA